AUGAAAGUGGAGAAAUGGCUAGCUGAAGUUGUUGUCCAAAGGAAACUGCGACUGGCUAAAGCCCGCAGCAUUUGGGAAAAGGACACCUACCUGGAUGUUCGCUACACUCUCCGGAAGCAGGAAGUGAGACACAAUGGCCUCUAUUAUUACAUUGGGGUCGAUAUUUUGCAACCACACGAGGACCCAGCAGAAUUGGUCACUGCAAAGUCAACUGGAACGCAUCCCUGA